AGUUCAACGACAUUCACUCGACGACCAGUGCACGAACAAGUCAAGCUGAGCAGAUGCCUGGAAGAUGCAGCAGCACGAACAGCUGCUCACCUGACCAUAUCAUUACAGAGUGAAGCUCGCAGCACAAUGCCCGGCGACAUCGACCUCGCGGAGGCCUCACAGACGGCAAACGGCGGCGAGUCUGAGUAUCGAAGGCUUUGCCACUUGCUCAUCGAGACAUGCGGGCGGCAUCAGACUGGAGCGGCGUCAAAUGAGAACAGGGAUCGUGACGUUCGCCUCGCUCUCACGGUUAUCGAACAACACGCUACGUCUCACGCUCAAAGCUCGAGUGGCUCCGUUGAAUCCGUCAUCAAGUGGACGAUCCCUCGACUCGUGCACGCGGCCAUCAACUUGACUAGAUCGGGAACUUCUCAGCACCUAGCUCAUGAGAUUGUCAGCUGUAUUGGCACUGUGAUCGAUACCUCGUGCUACCAUGGACCUGAUACGGAGCAGACCCCGGACAACAGUCAACUUAGGGUUCUCUGGAUCCUCAUUCACAUAUUCAGAUUCGUUGACGAUGUCAUCGAAGGUCGGGCUAAACUUUUAUUCGGCUACAAGCUACCGAGCCAGCCUCUCACCUGUAUCUUCCUCCUGCAAAUGGUUGUCCAACACAGGCGGCCCUUUUCAGAGAGACUUCGCAAGUUGGCAUUCAAAUCAAUUUCCGUCCUGGGCGAGCAGAUCAAGAACGACAUCCAAGCACAGAGCUCCUAUAUGUCAAUGAUCAGCUCGGCUGGCUUGAACGAUGUCGGCGAUAUUGAUCCUUGGAUCAUGCCUCUAAUAUGGCCGACCUCAAAUAACGAAUUGUGGAUUUCUAAUCAAGAGCUCCUUAUCAGGAGCUUGGACACGGCACGACCUGAUGUCCGGUUCACUUUAUGGUCGGCACUAUCGGGACGACUGCUGGAUCCGCAGCAGGCGGACAAGACGGAGUGGUUCGCAAUCAUCCAGUUGACGACCUCGAUCGAAGGGUUCCUAGAGCCUCUGGAGAUCCGAGAGUAUUUGGGCUCUACCAGAAUCCAAGUUUGGCAGGACAAGCUAAGGCUUAGUGAUCUCCCUGAUAGUACACGCGCCAUUCUCAAUCAUAAUCUCUCGGCGCUCGUUACCGGCGAACGCCACGUUGGUUCUGGCAAGCGGAAACGGCCUUCCUCCGGGGAUGGCUCUGAAUCGCAAUGGUUACUUGAUGAGCUACCAGAGUUAAUCGAGGACGGCGAGCGCAGCAUCCAAAGCGGACCUAUUGAGGCGGUCAACAAGCUGGCGAAAAAAACCAGCGAUACCGGUGUCUUGGCACGUAUCUGCGCUCUUCUUCCGAGAAUGAUCGCAAAUCAUAAAGCAAGCCGACAGGAUGCCAGGCCUGCGUACAGCUCUCAUUUGGAACUUUGGACCAUACUUGCCGCACGCUUAUCGGACUUCUCACCAGGCUGGCGAUUACUAUGUCUGCUGAUUGAAGACGCCGAGCCGGGGGAGGUCGUGUCAUGGCUUUUGGGGUCAAAAUCGACUCAAGAUUCGAUACUCACUGCGUCCGUGCAGGGCAACUGCCGGGCAAUCAGAGCAGAAGCUAGCCGUGGCACUCAUUUUUAAGGCUACUAGCGAUGAGACAAUUGAUCUCGUUACUGCCGAGAAUCUGCAGCUGCCAUACUUAAAAUUCAUGGGAGAGCAAUUGACGAGGACAUCGAGUCAUAAGUCUAUCAUACUUACCACGCUUGGGUCCAUAAGUCGUCACGCGAGACCGAACGCGCUGGGAUUGAUCUUGGAGCUCUUGAUGAGACAACUCGGAUCUCCAUCCUCACCGCUGAGGAGUCUGGCAUACACGAACCUCCUCAGCAUUUGCCGGCACCACAGCAAGUCGCCAAUGGCACUUAUAUCGCCUUAU